AUGUCAAAUCAUCGUCGUCAUUUAUCUGUUUGCUCUGUAUGUGGUGAUAAAGCAAGUGGAAAACAUUAUGGAGUUAUGAGUUGUGAUGGUUGUCGAGGAUUUUUUAAACGAAGUGUUCGACGUAAAAUAGAAUAUAAAUGUAAAAGUGAUUCAACUUGUCGUGUCGAUGUUAAUCGACGAAAUCAAUGUCAAGCAUGUCGAUUUCAACGUUGUUUAGAAAUGAAAAUGAAACCUAGUGCUGUACAAAAUGAACGAGCACCACGUCAUGGAAAUAAACGAACAUUGCCUGCUCCUCCUCCUCGAGUGCAAUGUUGGACACCACCAACAUCUGCUGUUGGGUAUGUAAGUGAGUCACCACAAGUGACAAUGCCAUUUGGCUUUCGAAAUUUACCCAUGAAUAAUAUUUCAUCACCAAUAUGGUCUCGAAUGAUUUUUCAACAACAACAACAAUUGCAUUCAUCAUUAGAUUCUACACAACAAACUAUAUCAGAUAUUUCUAAUACUGAUUCAUCACUUGAUGUAACAAAUGAAGAAAUUUUAUGCGAAACCGCUUCGUUUAUUUUACUUGAAUCAAUUCGAUGGUUGUUUUCAGUACCAUCAUUUAAAAAUCUCAAUGAAUCUGAUCAAUUUUCAUUAAUCGAACAAUCUUGGUCAAUACUAUUUGUAUUAACAUCAGCUGAAAUGAAAAAAUUUCUUGAUCCAAAUGAAAAUGAUUCAUUUAAUGAUGAAAAUCAAUAUUUAUUAUUUCAAUCAGCUAUUAAAGAUUUAAUUUUACAUUCAAUUGAUUCAACUGAAUAUGCAUUACUUAAAUUAAUGGUUGUUUUUAAUACUCCGAUGAAUAAAGAAUUACACGAUCGUCAUUCGAUUGAUAAAUAUAAAAACGAUGCUUUAUUUAUGUUAACUGAUUAUACAAGAAAUUUUAAAUAUCGACGAUCAGCAGAACUUUUGAUGUUAUUAUCAAAUAUUCAGGAAACAAUGUCAACUAUUCAUUUAGAUAAAAUUUUCUUUCGACAUUUGAUCAAUCGUAUAUCGAUGAAAAAUUUGUUGCAAAAUAUUAUUCGUCAUCUUACAACAUUUCUCCGAUAG